AUUAAAAAAAGGAAAACUAUUUCCCUCUUGCUUUUAAUUAACAAAAUUAAUUUCAAAUCUUACAAAUUAGGAACUAGUAAGAGGUAGAAGACAGCAUAGGAAAAACUCAAAAGGAAAUCCCUUUGAUGCAAGCUUUUUUGAGCUAUUUAUAGUUUUUGUUUUCUUUUCCAUUCCCAUUUCUUAGAGGAAAGAGCAAAGAGAUUAAUGGGUACUGUUAAUCAAGAAGCAAUCAAGCAAUUACAGUUUUUGAUGGAAGAUGUUGAUGAGCCACUGAAAGAGACAUUUCAGAACAUGCACCAUGGGAAUGUAGUGGCAACUUUGGUGCGGUUUCUAAAAGCAAGGGAGUGGAAUGUCCAGAAAGCCCAUAAAAUGUUGGUUGACUGUUUACAAUGGAGGAUACAAAAUGAGAUUGAUAAUAUACUAGCGAAACCAAUCAUCCCCACUGAUCUCUAUACAGCAGUGCGAGAUUCUCAGCUCAUAGGAUUGUCUGGUUACUCAAAAGAGGGUCUUCCUGUCAUUGCUUGUGGUGUUGGGCUUAGUACAUAUGACAAAGCAUCUGUCCAUUACUAUAUACAAUCUCACAUUCAAAUGAAUGAAUAUAGAGAUCGUGUAAUAUUGCCUUCUGCAACAAGAAAAUAUGGACGGCCUAUUAGCACUUGUUUGAAGGUUUUGGAUAUGACUGGCUUAAGGCUUUCAGCAUUGAAUAACAUUAAGUUAUUGACUGCAAUUUCUACAAUUGAUGACUUGAAUUACCCAGAGAAGACGGAUACAUAUUACAUUGUCAAUGUACCGUACAUAUUUUCAGCAUGUUGGAAGGUUGUGAAACCUCUUUUGCAAGAAAGGACAAAGAGGAAAGUGCAGGUGCUGCAGGGUUGUGGGAGGGAUGAACUUUUGAAGAUCAUGGAUUAUGAAUCUCUUCCGCAUUUCUGUAGAAAAGAAGGAUCUGGAUCAGGUCGAAAUGCGAGUAAUGGAACUAUUGAUAAUUGUUUCUCUUUGGACCAUUCCUUCCAUCAAGAGCUCUACAAUUAUGUCAAGCAGCAAGCUAUGGAAUUUGAAACCACAAUACCAAUAAGGCACGGAUCAGUCCACGUGGAUUUUCCCGGGCCAGACCCUCAAGAUGCUAAAAUUGCAAAGACCAUAGAGGCUGAGUUCCAUAGGAUAGGGAAACAAAAUAGGCUUUCUCACUCGAUAAAUGGCCUUAAAGUCAACGAGUAGAAUUAAAGAAUAUCGACUACACAUCCUUGGCCCGAAUAUUACCAACAAAGCUCAAUGCUUUUUGAUGGCUGAUAUCUAGGAAUUUCUCAUAGAUAAGAGUACCUUUUGUACUUCAAUUAUCAAAUAUAAUAGCAUUUGAUUGUAUCCGCUCGAUGCAUGUCUUGUAGGAGAGCUAAUGUUCGUCUAACUUGACAUUGCAGCCGUGGGUUGGAGUAUAUUUUCCUCUAAUUACUGAGGAAGCAUUGAAGCAUGAGAAUCAAGUGCAGGGUUUUACAACUUUAGUUGCUUGUAAUAGUGAAAUUAGCAUGUUCUCCCAGCUUUAUGCUGUAAUCAGUUAAUUUGCCUUCUUUUUUUCUGAGCUAA